AUGAAUGCACAGCUUCUUUUGAUAUUAAAUUUGUGUUCAAUAACAUUAGGUUGGUAUUCAUGUCCUUUCAAUGAUGGAACAUUUCUUAAACCUUUAUCAGAAAACUUGACAAUAAAAGCUGAAUGUAUGUAUUUAACAAGUCCACUCGAAUGGAAUCAAUUUAAUCCAAAUACAUUCGAUGGUGAAUAUUAUAAUUCAACAAGACAAAUUCCAUUAACAGAUUUACAUAUGAAACGUUUACUUUUAUCUUCUUUCUCAUCCAUACAGAACAAUUCAUCCAGAAAACAUAUUAUUAACUAUUGGCUUAUUAAUGGCGGUGGUGGUUCACAAUAUGGUAUGGAAACAUUUGGAAUAUCAAUGUUAGAAGAAAUUGUUUUAAAUAAUUAUGAUAAAAUCUAUUCAAAUACUCAUCCAAUUAUGUAUUUAUUUCAAUAUCGAGGAGCAGGAUUAAGUAAACCAUCAAUUCAUUGUUAUCGAGCAACAACUUGGACCGAUUGUGCUCAAGAGUUAAUUGAAACAACAAUUCCAUCUUCUCGUAACGAAUCAUUCAUGAUUAUACAUGCAAUGACAAAUGCAAAUAUUGCACAAGAUUUACAAUAUCAAAUUCAAUACUCAAUAAAUCAAUCUGAAUCAAUAUGUCGAACGUCAACUUAUAUCUACGGAUUAAGUCAAGGAAGUGGCAUUAUUGAAACUUAUCUAACGAUUCAAUCAAUCAAUUCUCAUAUGCAAAUAAUUGAUGGAAUUAUUCUUGAUGGAGUUAUGUCAAUAAAACAUUCUGAUGUAUUUCGAAAUCAAUUAAAAAACUUAAAUCACCGAUUUUAUUUAUAUUUAUCAAAAUGCCAACAAGAUUCUUUAUGUUCAAAAGCAUUUCAUCAAGUUACUGGAACUAAUCAAGAUAUAAUUGGUGUAACAUUAACAUUAGAAAUGCUUUUUGAAACAAAUAUGACAAAUGUUCAAUGUACGACUCAAUUAGGUUUGAAUGAUUGGAAUUUAUUUAUGCUUAUUGCAAAUCAAGCUAUUGAAGUUAUCAACUAUCGUCCAUUAGCAGCAAUUUUAAUUGCACGUAUUUAUCGUUGUUCAAAUGAAGAUCAACAAAUCUUAUCUCGUUCGUUACCAUUCAUGGUUAAUAUAGCUCAACAAUCAAUAUCGAAACGUUUUAUUGAUCCACCUUAUUUAUAUCCAAAUGAUGGAAAUGUUUUAAGUUUAACUAUUUGGAGUGAUUUUAUUGGUUUUAAUUUAAAUGAAAAUAUAAAAGAAAAUUUCACAUUUUUUAAUGAUUUUUGUAUAAAUAGUCGUGUUCUUAAUGAAUUCAAUCUAGCACGAACAGGUCCAAUACAAUUUUGUGAUGAAACUCAAAUAUUCAAAUACAAUUAUACAUUAUCAUCUCCUUUAAGAGAUGUUCUAUAUACCAGAAACUCAAAUUAUUGGGGAAAAUUUAAAGUUAAUCAAGAAAUAUUUCGAUCUAAACGAAGUGGAGUAUUAUUAUUUAAUGGUGAUUUAGAUUAUAAUUCACCUAUGUCAGCCGCACAGCAAGUCCAACGAUUAUUUCAAUCGGAAUCUAUUCGAACGAAAUUAAUUGAAAUGAAAGGUUUAACACAUGUUACAGCUAUUCAAUCUUAUACAAAGAAAGGUGGUUUUCAAUCAUCAACAUGUACUCACCAAAUUAUUCGUGAAUUUUUAUAUCAAGAAGAACUAAAUUUAGAUUUAGACACUAUUAAUUAUACAUGUAGUUCACAAGAUAAUUUAAUUGGAAUUGAUUGGUUUUAUUCUGAUCCAAUGGUUAAUCAAACAUUAUACACUGUAUUUGCUAAUUCAAUAACAAAUUAUUGGGGAGUAAAUAUAACUGAUAUUGAUAUGGAAUUAAUAACAAAUAAAUCCAAGAAAUUGAACAUGAAUCUUUUUCUUAUUGAUUUUUAUAUUGUACUGUCAUUUCUUAUAUUCUGUAGAGGCCUUCCUUCAAACAAUACUUUUCAAGUAAAAUCUACUUGUGAUCCUGACGAUAUUAGUAAAUCAUGUAAUGAUAUUCCUACUCAGUCAAAAUUGACCAGUUAUCCAAUCAAUACUGAUAAACAUUCGUUUCAAUCAAGUUGGUACAAAGAAAGGCCUUGGUUGGAAUAUUCUGUAAAAAACAAUAUGGUUUAUUGUUAUUAUUGCCGUCAUUUUUCUUGUAAUCGAUCGAAUAAUCACAAUGCUUUUACCACAACUGGAUUCAAUAAUUGGAAGCGAGCUUUGGAAGCUACUGGUGGUCUACUGAAAUAUUCUCAAUCGAAAUUACACGUAACCUCUACCAAAAACUACGAAUCAUAUGUUUCGCAACGACAAAGUAACUCCAAUGUUAUGAAUAAAUUAGAUCCUGGUCGAGUCAUUCAUAUUCCAUGUCAAAUGAUUAUUUUUAGAGAUCACAGAGAAAAUUCUCAAAGUUCCAACCAAGGUAAUUUCCUGGAGAUUCUUUAUUGGUCAGCAACUAGUGAUCUUGUAGUUAAAUCGAUUGUAGAAGGUUCUGCAGGUAAUGCCAGUUACUUGAUUCAUGAUAUACAAAAUGAAUUAAUUAAUAUUAUGGCCAAUCAAGUACGUGGAAAAUUUUCAUCUAUGGUGAGCACACAUUGUCUUAUUGUUAAGAAUAAAUUACUUUGA